AUGAAAAGGCCACAUUCUGAAGUCACCCUGAAGGUCAACAGAGAUGCCUUUUUGGAAUCGUCUCUGAAAGCCACUUGGAAUUUCUCCAUCUCAGAUUGGAGCAAGAACUUUGAAGUGGUUUUUCAGGAUGAAGAAGCUCUGGACUGGGAAGGGCCUCUUCGGGAAUGGUUUGAGUUAAUCUGCAAAGCACUGUUUGACACCACCAAUCAGCUCUUCACCCGAUUCAGUGACACCAACCAAGCACUAAUGCACCCCAACGCUAAUCGCCCUGCUCAUCUGCUCCUGAAGAUGUAUGAGUCUGCAGGGCAUCUGGUGGGCAAGUGUCUCUAUGAGUCCUCUCUAGACGAAGCCUGCAAGCAGUUGGUCCAAGCUCGCUUCACUCAUUCUUUCUUGGCCCAAAUCAUAGUACUAUGUAUGCGUUGCAAGUGCUUUGAAACAGAUGACCCAGAGUUCUACAAAUCUAAAGUUUGUUUCGUUCUCAACAAUGACAUGAGUGAGAUGGAGCUGGUCUUUGCAGAAGAGAAAUUUAAUAAAUCAGAUCAAUUGGAUAAGGUCAGAGAAGACUCCCUGAGAGACCUGCUUCAGAAAUAG